GUGCUCUAGUAUGUUUGUGUGAAAGUGCCUGUGCCUUCGUCACCUCGUUAAAUAGUUUUGUAGGUUUAUUAAAAUUGCCAUGUUUGCAGCUGUUUCGUAUAUUUAAAAUUGAAAUAGCUCCCUCGGCGACAAUAUCACACACACGACAGGCAUAACUAACAACAAAACCAAAACUGCAGUUAUUACAUCUACUGCUAAUUUUGCUGCUGCCGGUGCUUGAAUUCGUGUGCGUGUGUGUUGCGUGUGUGCGCCGUCAUCGGUGGGAAGAAGUUUUCAUAAAAAGCAGUGCACGAGCGGAUUAUUUGGCCAGCAGGAUGGAGGGCGAGAACGAUGUUUACGAUGACAUGAAUCUGUACAUAACACAAGAGAACUUCAUUGUCGAGCCGAACGGACAGGAUGAGCUCUUGGUUAUUGGUCGCCUCGAUAAGGUCACGCGAGUGCAGCCCAAGACUUCACAGCUGAUCAAUCAGCGACCGACCAGACGAAUCUGCGGCAUCCUGGGCACAAUACAUUUGCUUAGCUGCGACUAUUUGCUGGUAGCAACCCAUCGCAUUUUCGUGGGAGUUCUUAACAAUGCCAUCGUAUGGCGAUUGGCAGGUUACGAUAUUAUUCCCUACAUUCCAAAUGCGAUUCAGCGCUCAGAGAACUCCAGUUUCUUGAAAAUGCUGCGUCAGACGCUGGAUACCAAAUUCUACUACUUCUCAUACCGAUACGAUCUAACGCAGAGUCUGCAACGGCAACACGAAAAUAAGGUGCCAAAGGUGAUGCCAGGCCUGCUGCAGCGUUCCGACGAGCGAUUCGUGUGGAACCGCUAUGUGCUGGAGCAAUUCAAAUGCAACAAUAUGCAGCGCUUCCAGCUGCCAAUUAUGCAAGGCUUUGUGUCGAUCAACCAAGUGCAAAUUAAUGGACAAACCUUUUUCUGGAGCAUUGUCAGCCGGAGAUCUGUGGAGCGUGCGGGCACGCGACUCUUCUGUCGUGGCAGCAACGACCUGGGCCAAGUGGCAAACUUUGUGGAAACAGAGCAGAUUGUCGAAUUCAAUGGACAACGUACAAGCUUUGUGCAGACGCGUGGCAGCAUUCCCUUUCAGUGGCAGCAGCUACCCACGUUGCGCUAUAGUCCCAAGCCGCGACUGACACCAGGCAAAGAUUACUUGGCUGCAUGCACUGCGCAUUUCAACGCACAGCUCAAAUAUUAUGGCAAGGUAGUGGCUAUCAAUCUGAUAAACCAAAAAGGCGUCGAGGGCGAGCUGGAGGCAACAUUUGCUCGACUUGUGCGCGAAUUGAACAAUCCUGCAGUGCGGUACGAGGCAUUUGACUUUCACCAUGAGUGCCGGAAAAUGCGUUGGAAUCGACUUAACAUUCUAAUCGAUCGACUUGCCUAUGAGCAGGAUAGCUUUGGUUUCUUCCAUGCCUUCGACAAUGGCUCCCUGGUGUCGUCGCAGCAAGGCGUGUUCCGCACGAAUUGCAUCGAUUGUCUCGACCGGACCAAUGUGGUGCAGAGUAUGCUGGCCCGUCGCUCCCUUACCGCCGUGCUGCAGAAACUGGGCGUGUUACACAUCGGCCAAAUGGUCGAGAAUGCAUCCACCAGCUUUGAGACGAUAUUCAAGGGCGUCUGGGCGGACAACGCGGAUCUAGUCUCGCUGCAAUAUUCGGGCACAGGUGCUCUCAAAACGGACUUCACACGGACUGGCAAACGCACCAAGGCCGGUGCUCUUAACGAUGGCAAGAACUCGCUAGUUCGCUACUAUUUGAACAAUUUCGCAGAUGGCAGGCGCCAAGAUGGCAUCGAUUUGUUCUUGGGCAACUAUAUCGUCAAUGAUAGCGAGAAUAUCAUCCAACCAACGCCAUUGGAGACGCCUCGCGGCUGGCGGUACUAUAUGUUCCCAUCGGUGCUCCUAAUUGCUGUCGCCAUGUUUUUUGUCACGAUGACAUAUCCAUCCGAAUUCAAUACGGAGAACUUGCUCUUCAUGCUCUUCUGGGGUGCUAUGAUCGCGGUUAGCGCCACUGGCAUCUUACAUUACGGCGUGGAAUUUGUGCAAUGGCCGCAGCUUUUUCCAGUUACAUCCUUUCAUUCCGCCUGACAUUAGUAUCGUUUAGUAGUUCAACUAUAAUGAAUGGCCUUCCAGGUCUGCUUGCUUUUAGGUGCCCACACAGACACUGCUUAAAGAAAUAUAUAAAGCAAAAUUCCUGUAUUUAUUGCUCUCCUAUUCUGUAUUUUGUGUUAUACACGCUCGAUUCCCUCUUUUGAGAAGCCUUAUAAGCUUUUUAGUUAAACUUGACGAAGCUUUGCCCGGCUGGAGCGGCAGCUGGAAAGGCACAACCCGGAGGCAGUGACCGUAGCAGCGCCACUUUAAUUAAUUACAUUUACGAGUAGCUCAAUCAAUUUUGUGUAGAACAAUUUCGGGAUUUGAAUAAAGGAUUUUAGAUAUAAAAGAGACCCCAAAA